AAAGAAGAUUAUCGUUUCCAUAACCAAGGAAUCGAGUGCUGUGUUGUCCAACUGCAGUCUCAAUAUUUCUCUCUUAAUUAUUCUGUCUAACGUAAAUAGAAAACGAAACCAAAUUAUAAAAUGUGCUUGGAAAGUAGAACAUCUGAACUCGAGGACGCUUCAUUGUCGCCGCAUGAGCUAGCGCUUCUUCGCAUUGAUAGUUUGCACUCAAAACGAGACUUUAUUGGUGAGAAUAUUAUGAGAAAAAUCAUAGGUUUCACUGGAGGUCUCGCGAACGAGCUCAAUGGCAUCCUGCACGAAGCACUUUUGGCGUCUGUGACAGAUUUACCAGUAUUGCUGAAGGCAUUAAAAAUUAUCGAGAACAUCACAGUCACAGAUCCGACGUUAUUGGAGGAAAUUGAUACUUCUGAGGGCUUUCGAGAUUGUUUGCAAAAAAUAUUACACCUGCAAGAAGGUGGCGAAGACGAGAAUGAACUGUUGAAGUCAAUACAAUCGAUUGCAAUGAAAAUUGAAAAUUCAUGUUCGAAGCUUGAAACGUUAGACAAAGUAGUUCCCUUCACUGAAUCUCAACUGAAGGCCCGAUUGCCUCUGAUCUUCGAUGUACCUGGAAACAAUACACCGCGUAGGGAUUUGAAGGUAAUGAUUCAUCAAGUGACAUCCGAGGAAGAGACUGAAACACACGAUACUGGCUACGUUAUGUGGCCGGCGUCAGUUAUUCUUGCGCGUUACCUUGCUGAGAAUCCAUCGUUAUUUCUGGGUACUGCGAAUAACGAGAUAGGGGAUAUCCUCGAGUUGGGUGCAGGAUGCGGGCUAGUUGGUCUCGUUGUCGCAACUUUACUCAGACAGCACAAGAAGGAGCAACGAGUCGGCUGUGAAGAGACCAAGGAUGGAUUUGACCAUGACAGCUCGGUCUCAAAUACAAGCGUGAUUUUUACCGAUUAUCUACCAGCCAUCCUUGACAAUAUCGAACGAAAUAUUUGGCUAAAUGACAUUGACAAAAGUAGUGUAAGGGUGGCUGGGUUGGACUUUUUCGAUCAACCCGGUAAUGAUGAUAGCAAGUACGAUGGCUCUGAACAAAACUGGAUCGACAUGGAAGGAGCCAAACAACCCCAGGUCAGUCUUGUUCUUGGUGCCGACAUUCUUCCUUACUCGAACGACGCUGUGAAUGUAGCAAACACAAUCUUUGCUGCCCUUGUUGAAGGUGGCAAGGCUUUUGUAAUUUCUCCUCGUGAAAACAAGAGAUAUGGAGUAUAUGACUUUCCCAAAGCUUGCCGAAAUGCUGGUAUGGAUGUCUCUAUUAUAACAUGCGCCAAAAGUGCUGGUAGUAAAUAUAGUAGUGGUGAAGAAAUCAUGGUUGAAAAUACCUCUGAAGAGGAAUUGGACCAUUUUAUUGGGAACUAUGACGUUGAAUUUUUUAUUUUCAAGAUCGAAAAACCGUUGACUAGUUAAUGGAAUGCUACAAGAAAAAAGUUCUCAAUAAUUCAAUUUUUUGUGGAUAAUUCAAGUUUUCUUCAAGCAUCUUUGAUCAUGCACCUCUCCUCUCAGAUUGCAGUCUUUGAUUUUGCUGGCAACAUCAGUCUUUUUGAUUUUUGAGGAAGAUUUCAUCAGCAAGUGAGAUUGGCUUGGUAAGAUGAUUAUUUCAAAAUGUAUGCUUGCUAGUUGUGGUUUGGCAUAGCUCUUGAAGGUGGUAGUAUUGUGCUCUGGAUAUUUCUGAUUUACCUAUUUCCAGCUGCUUCAAUGUUCCCUCAAUGGCUUCUUUUCAUAAGCUUUGGUUCAGAAUCUUGUAUUUGUGACAGAGCAUUCCUUUCAUGGCUACAACUUCCAACCUGCAACAAUCUUGCGAAUCUUUGUGCUUGUCCAUUUAAUGAUUCUAAUAUUGCUCCUACCACUGAUGUUUCUACAAACAUCACAGCAAGGAUGGUUUGUAGUACAAUGCAAAAGUUGCUACUAUCAUGUUUCAUAGUAUCAUAUUUUCCUCACUGUCACUUAUGCAAGUAAGUCAAAACUAUUAGUAUGGCAAGUCACCACCUUUUGCAAUUGGAAAAUGGAUUGGUUUCAGCCUCCUGGUCUUACACACCACCCAAGCAAUUACGUUUGUGUUGUGCUGUCGAGAGUUCUUACUACCAGCAGCACUUGUUGUAUUACCACUACUAGUAGUAAUACUAGUAGUACUAGUACUGCUACUACUAGCUACUUCGCCACAAAAUUCCACAGGUGGUGGUCUGCUGUUUGUAAGAACACCUCUUCUUUUCACAAAAAACAACACUGCCAACAAAUCAAUGAACUCCAUCAUUCCUAGUAGUAUUUUAGAAAUUUUAGAAGCAACAACAAACAGCCACAGUUGUU